GGUUGGCCUAUUGCCUUGGAAACCAGGAUGCAAAACAAGCUAGGUGACUAUGGCGGGGCUGAGCAGCUCACAGAUCCCCGACGGUGAGUUCACAGCGGUGGUGUACAGGCUCAUCCGCGACUCCCGCUACUCAGAGGCCGUGCAGCUGCUGAGCGCAGAGCUGCAGAGGAGCUCCCGCAGCCGCGCAGGGCUGUCGCUGCUGGCCUACUGCUACUACCGCCUGCAGGAGUUCGAGCUCGCUGCAGAGUGCUAUGAGCAGCUGAGCCAGAUGCACCCGGAACUCGAGCAGUACCGCCUGUACCAGGCCCAGGCGCUGUACAAGGCCUGCCUGUAUCCAGAGGCCACCAGGGUCGCCUUCCUCCUGGACAACCCCACCUAUCAGACUCGAGUCCUUCGUUUACAAGCUGCUAUCAAGUACAGUGAAGGUGACCUCCCAGGAGCCAGGAGCCUGGUGGAGCAGCUGCUGAGUGGGGAAGGUGUGGAGGACAGUGGCGGGGAGAGCGAUUAUGAUGGUCAGAUCAACCUAGGUUGUCUGCUCUACAAAGAGGGACACUAUGAAGCUGCCUGUUCCAAGUUCUUAGCAGCCCUGCAGGCUUCUGGCUACCAGCCUGACCUUUCCUACAACUUGGCUUUGGCCUAUUACAGCAGUCGGCAGUACGCGCCUGCUCUGAAGCAUAUCGCUGACAUCAUUGAGCGCGGCAUCCGUCAACACCCAGAACUCGGUGUGGGCAUGACCACAGAGGGCAUUGAUGUUCGCAGUGUUGGCAACACUNUAGUCCUUCACCAGACUGCUCUGGUCGAAGCCUUCAACCUCAAGGCAGCCAUAGAGUACCAGCUGAGAAACUACGAGGCAGCCCAGGAAGCCCUCACUGACAUGCCACCCAGAGCAGAGGAAGAGCUGGACCCCGUGACCCUCCACAACCAGGCUCUGAUGAACAUGGAUGCCAAGCCCACAGAGGGCUUUGAAAAGCUCCAGUUUCUACUNCAGCAGAACCCCUUCCCCCCAGAGACCUUUGGCAACCUGCUGCUGCUCUACUGUAAAUAUGAGUAUUUUGACCUGGCAGCCGAUGUCCUGGCAGAAAAUGCCCACUUGACUUACAAGUUCCUCACACCCUAUCUCUAUGACUUCUUGGAUGCCAUGAUCACUUGCCAGACAGGAAACUAUGACUUUGGCAUCUCUCGGGUUAUCAAAAGCCUGGAGCCUUACCAUAAAAAGCUAGGCACCGAUACGUGGUAUUAUGCCAAGAGAUGUUUCCUGUCCUUACUAGAGAACAUGUCAAAGCACACAAUCAUGCUAAGGGACAGUGUCAUUCAAGAAUGUGUGCAGUUUCUAGAGCACUGUGAACUUUAUGGCAGAAACAUCCCUGCUGUCAUAGAACAGCCCUUGGAGGAAGAAAGAAUGCACACUGGGAAGAAUACAGUCACAUAUGAGUCCAGACAGUUGAGGGCUCUUAUUUAUGAGAUAAUUGGAUGGAAUGUGUAAUUAUGGCCGACAAUGACUUGUAUCAUGAGGACUUUCUAUGUAAAUUUUCAGUUUUUCCUGUAUCUAGCUUUUGCUAUUUGUAUUUGCUACUUGUGAGACUUUGUACACUUUAGUGUAACAAAACUAUUAGAUAUAACCUGCACUUUUAGAUCCUGUCAAGUGAGAUUGUGGAAGAACCCAGGCCCUAGAAGGUACUUUGGAACUUUCAAAAUUGAGAAAGAUGUUGUUUCUAUCAUGUUUCCUCCAUUUUUGUUUGGUUUUGAUGUAUCUUGGACAACCUUUGCUAUUAUGUUAUCCAGGGACCAGACACUAAAUUCAGAACUUAGUCGUCCAUAACGUCGUCUUGUAAUCACUCCAAGGACUGAUUGUGUUUUCUCUUUGCACAACUCCCAUGAUUUUAUAGAGAAUUUAGAGUGUUUGACAAUUUUCCAAUACAGAUAUAAUAAUUUGUCCAGAUUAAAUUUCUUAGGUAAUAAGUGGUUUUGCUAGUUUUCAAGAUUCAGUAAAUUCACUUAAUAAACACUAAUAAAUACUACAAAAUAAAUAAUGAGAAAAGAAAAUAAACUUCUGUGGUGUUUAGCUCCAUGAAUUAGUGAUUUGAAUUUAUGAUCAAGUCAUACUAUUGCUGUUUUUCA